UCAUUGCUCGAUGUCUGCAAAAAGUUUAAUUUUAGCUAUGUGGUAAGCAUUGGCCGUAACCGAAUCAGUGUUUAGAUAGAACACGCGACUUGGUAGAACGUUUUAUGGUAUCUCGCCAGGCUGCCAAAGAUGGUUAUCGGUUUGAAAAAUCGCUGUGACCUGUGGACUUCCAAGCAGCGCUGGACAAAAUUUUCUUCGAAGCUGGAGUGGUAGUUUUUGCAGUGGAAAACCUCUGUGAGAGUGACGGAGAGAUUGCGAGAGAACCGGAGAGAAGACAUCGACAGUGUGCGCCAUCAACAGAGAAGGACGAAGUGUCGGGAAGCAAUCCUUGAGGAAGUGUGUUUGUGCAAUGCAUUUUAAAUAAAUAAUUGACGUUCGACGUCGAUGCUUGAAGCAAGAAAAACAGAUUUUCUCACGGUUAAUAAGAGUUUGAUGUUCCCCAGGAGCAAGCCGGAGGAUUCUUCGUUACUGUGUCCGUUCGGUAUGAUUGAGGAAAUAAUUAGCAGGAUUAUGCAGUUUUUCGCUACGGGAUUAGUGGAAAAAAUUAUCAAAGCUCUACUGGUCUUGUUCGAGCGUUUUGUGAACCUAAUCCUGUCGCUAUGCGAGGGCAAUAAUUACAAGAAAAAGGACGAAACGCUCGAUGUUCUUUACAGCAGCGGAAAUUUUUUGGUAAUAAACAAAAAGCAUGACUUGCUAAUCAACUCGAACGAUACCAAAAAGAAAACUGUUCAGACAAUUUUGCGGAAACAGUUUCCAGAGUAUGUUCAGGACAAUCUAACGCACGAUUUCUAUUUUGCUCACCGAUUGGACUUUGCCACGAGCGGGAUUCUGUGCAUUCCGUUGAAUAAAAAUGCCUGCAAGGAAGUUUGCCAGGCAUUCGAAGAGCAGCGAGCGCGAAAGUACUAUGUUGCCCUGCUGCGGGGACACACAGACUUUGACGAGGAAGUGAUUGAUAUUGCUAUUGGCGACGAUAUCCGGUUUAAGGACACCAGCAAGAAAAUGUGCACAAUCCUGGAGGAUGAGUUGUGCCAAAACCCACGUCGCAGCAUCACCAAACUACUGGUGCUGGAUCGCGGCUAUUACAAUGGGAAACCGGUCACCAAAGUGCUCUUGCGACCAAUAACCGGCCGACGGCAUCAGCUGCGGCUCCACUGCUCUCAGAUCGGGCACGUGAUCGUGGGCGAUUACACAUACAGUCUGAAAAACGAUACUUCACCAGCACGGAUGUUCCUGCACGCGUAUCGGCUCGUAUUGCCGAAUUCGUGCGAGAACAUUGACAUACAGACGGAGGAUCCUUUCACCGAGAAAGCACUCAAGUAUAAGUGGAAGGUGGUCGAGCAAGUAAACGGCAUUGGCAACGCGUUUGAUCUCAUAGAUUCUUUUUAACAUUUGUGGGAACCAUGUAGUUACUUGCGUAGGACUCACAUAUUUACGUUUCGAUUGGAGCAAUUUCGCCGGCGGUUAAAUGUAAAUAUUCGAUCGUUUUCACGGAUUUAUUCGCUUUAAUUUUGUGCGUCCUCCUAUUUCGCUUUCGCUGUACGAGCAUUAAUGGAGAAAACGGAGUUUUGAGCGUCCUUCGUCCUUUGCUCAUUAUUCAAUUCGGUACAGUGCAUAAUCAUUCGGAAGCGACUGCACCUAUUCAAUAUUUUACCAAUCAUUACUACUCACAAAAUAAUAUUGGACGUCGCACGCCGUUCUGUGGGACACGCGAAACGCAAGAAACUAAGAUAAUAGGAGCGAGACGAGUAUACACUGUUGAUUUCAACGACACAGAAAACUAGAAGGUAUUUGAUUUUUAAAACGUACCUAUGUUUAGGCUGCAAAUUUAUUCAAAAUUGUUGUAUGACCUCAGGUUUUAGAAUUUUUGGCUCGGAUGGCACGUUUUCCAUAUUUAUUUGAGACCUUUGUGCUUCAAGCAUGACAUGGGCUGUAGAAGUUGAGAACUGCUGGAAGUUAUUCUAUAAAAAAUCGAGCCAAAAGACUCUGCGACCGUUUAGUUGGUUUUGAGGUACGAUAUUGGUCUAACAAACAAGUCAGUCGUCGUAUGUUCGAAUCUUGGCUAGGCGGUGCUGCUAGAUACAGUCAAUAGGAUUGUUGCACUAGCCCCAUAAUAGUCCUGUACUUUAAUAGCCGACUGUGAAGUUUCUCGAUAAAGAAGGGUUGAGCCUUAGAAGAUGUUUAAGAUGUUUGAAGCCCAAGCCUUUGCUUUUUUUGACUCUGCGACAGAUGCUAGCCAAAUUAAGCGAAGCUAAUGAAAUCAUGACGCUUCAUGUUACAUGAACUUACACCGAAGUUUUUUCGGUGCAUGGAGCAGUCUAUAUCUGAAUACUAAAACGAAGGGCACUCUGAUUACAUCUUCGUACAGGCUCGUAUGUUAAACAACGCCACUUUAGCAUUAAGGAAAACGACGAAUGUUUCUUUCAGACAAGCUGUCUGCAAUGAAAUUUGAUUAAUACAUUUAAAAGAACUGAAAAUCAAAAUUUCACAGUAAUUUGUGAUAAUUAAACGGUGGAGAAACCGCACUCUAUUUUACUUUCGUCGUCAUAAAACAAGCACUGAAUAAAACGCUGCUGAUUGCCGUUAAAGCUAGAAUUCAUAUAUUUUUUCAACCAUACGAAUUACCAUCUAGUUUUCUGUACGCGAAUGCAGUUCGAAUAAACGGAAACAUUCGUUUUUCUAGAAGCUAUCAUCUAGAAGCGAUCAAAACUUUAGACUCGCUGCUGUAGGAUUUUCUCGUUCGAGCCUCCGUAGCUAGGUUUGACAAGCCAACUAGUCCAAGUGUUUCAGAAUUAAUUGAUCUCAACUAGUAUUUUAUUCUUGAUUAUAUUUAUUGCAACUGUUAGAAGCUGCUUCGUUCUCACAUUCGCUGGAUAACUGAGCAUGAUUUGUGUACUAGACUUUUUCUCUGUUAGCAUUAGCACCGUUGGCACAUAUUCCAAGGUCGUGAAAAAAUCUAUACAUUAACUUUUUAGGACACAUUCACAUUAAUAAAACUAAAACUACUAGUUACACAUUGAUCCGAUUAUUAGUUGAAGUUUAGAAAUAUUUACUAUGAAAAAAAAAUAUAAAUAACGCGAGAUUCCAUAGAAUACACUAAUUAAAGAAAGUACAGAGAUUAUAUUGCCACAAAGAUAGAUAGAUAUCACCAUACUUAAUUAAUGCUGAUCGUGUAAUUUCUUGCAAAUUGGACGGAGUUGUUUGUUUAUUAUUUAACAAAUGAAAACAUUUUAUUCGAACUAUUUUUAGUAUCAAGUAACGGUGAAGCGCUCUAAUUUUUGGUACCGUGUCAAUAAGUCAACCAUGCCCCAACUAAAGGUGCACAUUUUCGGAAAUAAAGUUAGAAUAUUUAAUGCUGUAUAAUUUCAUGUAUAUAUUAUAUUAAAAUUAGUGCACGGAAUGGAGCUCGAAAUUUUGACGCACGCUGGGACCGCGCUUCAACAGUAAUAAUAUCAACAAUAUCAAAUCUCCAAACACGUGCAUUCUUUCCUCCACUCUUUGACCCCCCUCCCUCUUAGCCCUACACAAAACGGCUCCAGCUAAUGUCAUUUCCGUUACGGACGUUAGCGGUACUUCACGGUAGUCAGUGUCGAAGUGAUACAUUUAAAAAGUAACUUAAAUAUAUACCUUAUGUAAUAUAGUAAAGCACAGUUUCUUCCGAAAUUUAAAUAAUAUGUUAACUAAUUAUGUUCAAAACGUCGGAAUCUUUUUAAUCAUUUUUUUUAAACCUAUAUGCAAUUCGAUUCGAUUGAUUAAAUGCAAAACAACCUACUCCAAUUUGCAAGUGUAGAAUCGUUCUUUCGGUGCGAAAGGUGUUUUGACGUUUGGAUAUUCUCUUUCGCGAAGCCACGUGCAUUAAACGAACAGAUUUCCCAUUAGUCUAGAUUUAUCUCAAUCAAGGAAAUACGGUAAAAAACAAAACCAACAACUAUAAAUAGAUAAGAAGCGCAAAAAUAUCGCCCAGCACUACUUUUGAUAGGAAAAAUUUGAAAACACUGGGAAACUGUUGCACACUCCCAAGAAAAAAAAACACGUCUCAACUGCUAUACUUUUCCAUUUGUAAACAUCUAACUAAAAAUUGCUCGAUCAACCAAAACAAGAAGAUUUAGUUUAGUUCGCACAGUAGAUUGCCAACUAAAUUGUUUAUAGUUUCUUAAAGUCAGGUAAACACCUAAUGAUAGCAAAGAUUAUAAAAAAACAAUAAGUUGGAUAGGUCGAAGAACAAGAACCUACACCUCCUACACUACGCCUGAAAGUUUUUUCGGUCUUUCUUGUCGCUCGUACAUGGAAGUACAAUGGACGAACGAGAUGGACCAGUAAUACCAGGUUUAUAUCUACCUUGCUCUUAACGUAAUGGCCAUUGUCUGUAUUCUUUGCCACACUGCCAUAUGACUGUAUUAUUGUGGAAGAAGGCUUUUCAGGAAGUUUGGGUCACCAAGUAGGAUUUGUUUAAGGGUAGCUGUUUCGAUAAUCUCACGUUUUAGGUUGAUGUUGAGCAUAUAAGUGAACGAUACGAUCGUUUCGUUUUUUGUCAGAACGCUUAUCUGAAUCGAGUUUGUUGAAUGGAACCAAUAUUUCUGCCUAAAGGACAACACAAAACAAUAGAGUAGUUAUCAUACAACAAACAAUCGUACGAUAUAUAUACAUAUAUAAAAAAUACGUUUCUUUGUUUGACUCUCAACAAACGA